AUGAACGAACUAACUCGGGAGCUGUCACCAAACCAAGAUCCUCUGGAAGACCCGUUCCUUCUCUCCCUCAUAGAAACAGUCGAGAAAAACUCGUGCGUCUACAAUCGUUACGAUCCUCUACAUAAAAUAUCCGAGUAUAAACACCAAAUAUGGCGAAUGAUCGGUGUGGAAAUCGAUUAUGAUGGACAGCCGGUGGAACUGGAGAGAAAGUGGAAACACAUGAGGGAUAAAUACGUUCGGUUGAGGAAGCAGGAUAAGCAGAAGGCACCUAUUAAGCCCACUAAUAAAUGGUCUGUGUAUAAUCUCCUUAUAAGGCGAUAUGUAUCAAUUUACAGGUUCGCGUUCUACCACAAAAUGUCCUUCUUGGAUCCAUAUGUGGAGCAUCGAAAUAGAAAACGACAGAAAGAUUUUAUUGGGAACAACUCUCCAGAAUUUGUCGAUGAAGAAGGAUUUUACAUUGAUGAAUCCAAAGCAGAAGUCUUGGUACCAAAAGAUGUUGGAUAUUGCUCAUCGUCCAGUUCAUCCGGAGAGAAAAAAGAAAGCAGUGUGGAACCACCAGACCUAUUGGACGAUAGCAAAGUUGAGAAUCUUGCAGCAUUCUAUGACAGACUUAUUGGCAAUAAUAAUGGAAAUGCCAUCCAGGCAGUGGCUAAACAACUUCCGUUGAGCCAGUCGCUGAGCAACCAUCCAGAGCUCGAAAACGAAAGAAUGCUCCCGUUCAGAUCCGCCCGGCAAGUCCAUCACCACCACCUGCGAAGAAAAAUGAGGAAGACUCAGUUCAAGAACAGAUCUCUGCGAUUCUCUAUGAUGUUUCUAAAUCUCUCAUCAAAAUGA